UUGUAGAGAGGGAAAGUCUUUAAGGCAUCUUAACAACCCGGCAUUCUGCUGCUCUCUCUCUCUCUCUCUCUUUUCAGACAGUGGAACCAGUUAGGAAAAAAGAACAGAAAAAAAGCCUUGCAGAAGAAGAGAGUACAGUCAUUUUUUUUUCUUGAAGAAAGAACAGCGUGAAACAAGUGAUUUCAUUUUUCAUACUUUUUUUUUUCUUUUGCAUUGUGUCUGGAGUGCACAGUAUAACAGAGUUGUGCAGAAAGGACUGUUUUUCUAGCAUAUAUAUUCACUUCAUCUCUUCCCAAGAAAGAAGCUAUGGCAUGUAUGUGUUUUGUCAUCAUUUUCCUUCUGUUUGGGAAGUUUUCUGGCAUUGUAGGCACUAAACCUGAUGAGGAAGUUAUUAUACCAGAGCAGCUAACACUUGAUUAUCAACCUGUUGAUUCGUUUAAUGAAGGCAUCUUGCAGAAGCGUGCAGUAUAUCGUUUGCAAGCCUUUGGUAAAGAGAUGAUACUAGACCUCCAGCGUGACCAGAGUUUUAUGUCAGAGAACCUCAUAGUGCAAUACCUGGGAUCCUUUCAAGCAGAUGCUGACAGUGAAACAUCAUGGACAGAGUGUUAUUAUACCGGCACAGUGAAUGCUGACCCAGAAUCUGUGGUUGCCUGCAGUCUUUGCGGGCCAGGACUACAUGGCGUGAUCCGAUACCAAGGAGAAGAAAUGCACAUUCAGCCACUCAAAGAGGAUCAGGACAACUCAGUAGCUGUACCCCACAUAGUGAGGAGAAAGGCCCCUCUAAAGCCUGUUGGCUCCACAUGCAGUGUUGAACCUAAAACCUUCAGCAAGGGCCUGGGACUGGGACCCAAAGUGCAAGGCAGGGACUCUCCUGUACCACCAGGAACAAAACGACGUGCAAAGCGUUUUGUGUCUGCGCCACGCUAUGUUGAGACCCUCGUGGUGGCAGACAGCAGUAUGGUGAAUUUCCAUGGAAGCGGUUUGAAGCAUUACCUCCUCACGGUCAUGGCUGCCACAGCAAAGUUCUUCAAGCACCCAUCCAUAAAGAAUUCUGUCAACUUGGUAGUGACACGAAUUGUUAUGAUUGGACGAGGAGAUGAUCAGGGUCUGCAUGUGAGUUCUAAUGCUGCACAGACACUGAAGAAUUUCUGCACUUGGCAGAAGGGCUUGAACACACCAAGUGAUUCAGACACUGAUCACUUUGAUACAGCCAUCCUCUUCACACGCCAGGAUUUGUGUGGCUCAUCAACAUGCGAUACACUUGGAAUGGCAGAUGUUGGCACUGUCUGUGACAUGUCUCAUAGCUGCUCCAUUGUCGAAGAUGACGGCUUACAGUCCUCCUUCACUGCCGCACAUGAACUCGGUCACGUGUUUAACAUGCUACAUGACAAUGCCAAGGCCUGCCAGGACUUCAACCGUGGUUCACAAUCUUCUCAUCUCAUGGCACCAGUAAUGACCAAUGUUGAUCCUCACCACCUGUGGUCACCCUGCAGUGCCCACUUUAUCACUGAUUUCCUUGAUGGUGGCCAUGGACAGUGCCUUCUUGACAAGCCAACCCAACCCUUGCGAAUGCCAGGAGUUUUACCUGGGGACAUGUAUGACAUUGAUAACCAGUGCCACCUUGCCUUUGGACCAGAUUCCCACCACUGCCCUGAUUUUAGGAGCACCUGUUCCUCCCUGUGGUGUACUGGAAAGAUUGACGGGCAUUUCAUGUGUCAGACAAAGCACUUCCCAUGGGCUGAUGGCACAACUUGUGGCCAGGGAAAAACAUGUCUGCGAGGAAGAUGCAUUGGAAAAGCUGAGCUGAAGGAAUACACUACUCCCAUUAAUGGUGGUUGGGGUGCAUGGGGACCUUGGGGUGAAUGUUCACGAACCUGUGGCAGUGGGGUGCAGUUCUCCACCAGAGGAUGUGACAAACCAGUCCCCAGGAAUGGAGGGAAGUACUGUGAAGGCAAACGUAUCCAAUAUCGGUCAUGCAACAUUCAGAACUGUCCCAACAACAAUGGCAAAACAUUCCGUGAUGAACAGUGUGCCACCUACAAUGAACGCAGUGAUCUUUUUCCAGGUCACUCCUCUGGAACAGAUUGGGUACCAAAAUAUACAGGCAUCUCUGACAAGGAUCGCUGCAAACUGACCUGCCAGUCCAAGGAAAAAGGCUACUAUUAUGUCAUGUCACAAAAGGUAGCUGAUGGGACACCAUGUGGACCAGACACAACCUCUGUAUGUGUAAGAGGGCAAUGUAUGGAUGCAGGCUGUGAUCGAGUUAUUGGCUCCAAAAAGAAGCUUGAUAAAUGCCAGGUCUGUGGAGGAAAUGGAUCUACAUGCACAAAAGUGUUUGGCUCCUUUAAAAAACCCAGGUAUGGUUACAAUGAUGUUGUGACAUUUCCUGCUGGGGCCACCAGCAUUUUUAUCCAACAGCACAGUAUUUCUAAAGCCCCAUAUGACAAUGUCUACCUUGCCUUAAAAAAGAGUGACGGUACCAACAUUCUAAAUGGCAACUAUAUCCUGGCACCGUCAGAGCGGGACAUUUCUGUCGAUGGCCUCACACUGCACUACAGUGGGGCCCUGAGGGACAUAGAGAUCAUUCGCUGUGCAGGACCACUAAAAACCCCAAUCACACUGCAGGCACUAGUGACAGCUGAUCGGCUGGCCCCAAAGCUGAAGUAUACAUACUUUGUGCCCAAGCGCCCCGUCGUAACAAAGCAAACAAAUGAAAUCAGUACUAUAGACUGGUAUGGAAAAAAAAAAGCAAUGCUCAUGAAAAUUCUUCGCCGGCCGAGGAUUUAACUUAUUACUAGAUUUAUUUAUUUAUUGUGUGUGUGUGUGUGUGUGUGUGUGUGUGUGUGUGUGUGUGUGUGUGUGUGUGUGUGUGUGUGUGUGUGUGUGUGUAUGCGUGUGUGAAUCCAUGCAUAUACAGAAGUACCUGUAUAUCUUAUGUUUUUUUAUAUUUUUUUUUAUUAAUGCCUGCUGGAUUUCCAGGCGUAGAGGUGCUGGAAGACCUUUUUUAUUGUGUAUCUAUUUUUGUAUGAAAGCAUUUUGGCUUUCAAGAAUUUUCCCAGACAAUCACAAUGUUUCCUUCAGUUUUGAAAAAGGUACCCUCACUGAGGGUCCUUUACGUGCUGAGCACUGCAAAGGACUUCCCUAAGACUGCAUAUGUCCAUGAAAUCAGUAAUUUUGUUUUCUAUUUAAUUGUGACUCAUACUAAUUUAUGGGGCUGAUUAAAGCGCUUCUUAUGGCAAUAUGACAGAUGUCUGUUGAGUACAUAGGUUUAUGGAAGUACUCAUGUUUUUAUUUGGACUCAUCUUUGUCUUUUAAUUACACAAAGCAACACUUACAGCCAACAAAUGCUGUGCAUCUGAAGUUUUUGAGGUGUGACCCACCCCCCACUUUGAAGGACUUCACAAGUUGAAACACUGAAAUUUGAAAAUAAUUUUAUAGGUGAACCAACUCAGCAGUGAAGUCAUGUGCACAUUGUGUAUAUACUGUAUAUGUUUAUGUGGAGCUAUGUGUGGUGGCAUAUGUAUGAACAAGUGAAGGCGUGUGCAUGUUUAUGUGUGAGCGGAUCUAUGUGUCCAUUUAUAUACAAUGUAUGUGCAUGCAUGUGUGUGCUCAGUGUGUGCAUGUGUUUAUAUGUGCAUAUGUUAUUGUGUGUCCAUGUACCCACUAGGUGUGUGUGUGUGUGU